UCGUUGGUGACAGUACGGGUGUUCGUGUGCUGUUCCCAUUAGUGACACUUCAUUCAAGAAGUUAGACCACUAUCUAAUGCAUGAACAACAGCAGCGAAUUAAUGCACAAAACGAGUUACAAUCGGCCGCUUACUCGCAAAGUCCUCCUCCGCCACAGCCAUCGCAACAUUUCCUCGACCACCAACUCAUGCAACCCUUCACACAGACCUAUCCCACGGGAACAUCCAUUACAUCCAUCGAUGGACUUCCAAUACUUAAGCGCAAACGCGGCCGACCGCCGAAGAAUAAAACCAUUGAAAUGCCUCAAUCCAUUUAUUCCAACUUUAAGUUCCCAAAGAAUGAGUUAUCACCACAAAUGUCGGUGCCAUUAGGCAUCUCACCAUUUGGUUUGGCGGCUGCACUCUAUGGCAACUCUAAUAUACCGCUGCCGGCGUCCAGCGCUCUGUCAGAUAUGAUCGCCGGUUCCGGUGUUGCGGACGACACCAAAACGAUUCCCAUUCCUCUUAUGCUUCCGUACACUAAAUCUAAUAUUCAGGAGGGGUUUAUAGUGUUUGAUGAGGGCUUUCCCUGUACUGACAACUUAUGUAAAUACUUCUGCCAAAAGCACUAUCACUGCUCUAAACCGCGCUGUUAUUACGUAACCAAUAGAAGUGAGACUUUAAUUAUGCACUCAAAGGACUUUCACGACAGCAUCGAUAUAAUGGAGGGAUUCGUGCACUUUGAUAGCGGCGUCGACUGUCGUAUAGCCGGUUGUGUCCACAAUAAAGUCAACCGACACUAUCACUGCACGAGGAAUGGCUGUAAUUACUCUUUCAUUAGAUACACACAAAUGAGUCAACACGAAGACAAACACAAACACGAGAACAGUGUUGAGCCCACCAAUGCAAACUGUGAUCCGGCUUACUUUGCUAAAUCUAAAUCCAGUGCCACUGCAUCCCAGGCCAGCUCUCACUCUGACGACGACAGAGAAUCACUGAAAAGUCCGUUCAAUACAAAUAACAAUUCAAUUGUCAAUAAUUGUAAUAAUAAAAUGCAAACAGUGAAAGCCAAGGGAACGUAUUACCCGCUCUCAUCCCUUUCCCAAAGAAAAUUAAGUCAUUCGAUAACAUCCACUAUUAAAUCCGAAGACGAAAGUGAUGACGAAGACAUUGAUGACUGCGAUAGUGAUGUCCCCAACAGUGAGAUUAUCAAAAAGGAAGCGCUCAAUCACUUACUCCAGGAUCAGUCGGCUUUUAAUUUAAAUACUCAUACAAAUCGAAAUUUAUUUUCGCCGUCCGAUGAGAAGCAUCUCCAGUACUCUCCCAGUAAUGGAUGCGGACUUCCCUUCUGUAAACUCAAAAGGAGAGAUCACUUUCAUUGUAACGCCUUUUCAAGCUUCACUCGUUUAUUGCCCCAUUCGGCCAAACAUUCGGGUGCACCCAAACCAGUGCCGGUAUACCUGUCCGGUCGCUCUCCCAGUCCUCCAAUUAAAGAAGAAAAUGAAACUGAAGAUGAAGAAGAAGAUGAAGACAUGUCAUUAGGAAACAUAUCAACACAAUUGCCUCACUCGACCCCAAAUAUAUAUAGUUUUAUGAAUAAUUGGGUUAACACUCCUUCGUCUUCCACUUUAUUGAACAACAAACUCAUGAGUGUCUCGUCAACGAUCACCAGUUCAUCCCCUCUCAUCAAUCUGUCCCAUAAAAACAAUGACAUCCCUGGCCUUACAUCUACUUCUAAGUUAUUACGUGAUGAGCCGGUGCCGACGGGGUAUUUAAGAUUUCGAUUCAAUGAAGACUGUGGUUAUCUUCAUUGUGGAUAUCGUGAACAUCAGACACAUUUUCAUUGCAUGAGAAAAGACUGCGGCUAUUCGUUCUGCGAUAAGACCAGAUUCGUUCAGCACACGGCACGUCAUGAAAGACUGGACACUCUAAUGGGCGGCGACUUUCAUCAAUUCAGAAGUAAUGUUAGCUGCGGUCGGAGUGACUGUAUGUACGCCAACACAAUGGCAUCGAUGGCUAACAAGGCCUCGCAUUUCCAUUGCAUAAAAUGUGACUUCGUUUGCACCGAUACUAACAAAGUGGUGGCCCAUCGGAGACAACACGCGAAGAUGGAUAACAUAACCGCCGCUGGAUUUGAGAAAUACACGCCAACCCAGGACUGCAAGAACGACAACUGCAACUACAACACCAAACAGACUCAUUACCACUGCCUUAAGUGCCACUACGCGGUCCUCGGCCUCUCCCAGAUGUCAUCUCAUAAAUACAAACAUACUGAUUGAAUGUAUACUUAAUUUUGAUUCACUUAUAGUGAAGUGCCUUUUCAUCGGAUAUUUUUUGUUCAUUUUGUAAAUUAAUUCAUUGAAAGCAAUUCUAAAUCAUAAGAACCGGUGUUCUCUCUCUGCAUCCCAUUCCUAUUUGAAUACAAUUAUAAAUAUAUAUAUAUAAAUUUGUGUUAUAUAUGAUAUAUACAAAUACUUUCUUAAUAUAUUGUACUGUACUUUAUAUGCAAUAUAUUCUGAAUAUAUAGCUCUCGAGUGCCUCAACCGCCUCAACCACAAGCUAUACAAAUGCUGUAAUAUUUUGCCUUAAUUUAGGACAUUCCCCAACAUUUUGAACAUAAUUAAAAGUAUCACAAACUCAUAAUUAGUGUCACAUAACUUGUCGUAAAAUUCACUUCAUUUGUGAUUUAAUAAGCAUUUUUCGUAUUUUUCAUUACCAGUGAUAUCUAGUUUUCUUAAGC